CCUUCGUCGCCUUAGCUCCCAGGAUCCGUUGAAGAGAUGUUCGGCAUCUAUUAACUCGGGUGGUCGUAUUCGGGUUAGCCAGUGAUCUAUCUAUCUGUAUCUUCAAGCAGAGGCAACCAAGAUGACUUCCGCUGAGGGCAAGACAGUUAUCAUCACAGGCGCCGCUGGCGGUCUCGGCAAGGCCAUCGCGGACGCCUUCCUCGCAGCAGGUGCCAAUGUCGUGAUCUGCGACGUCAACCCGCAGCGCAUCUCCACGGCCGAGGAGGAAUGGACCAAAUCACAUGCCGGCAAGUUCCUCGCACAACAGACCGACGUCUCGGACGAAGCCGCCGUACAGAAGCUCGUCGAUGCCGCCGUGGCCAAGUUUGGCCGCCUCGAUGUCCUCGUCAACAACGCCGGCGUCAUGGACGACUUCUCGCCCGUCGGUGCUUGCUCCAAGGAGAAAUGGGACCGCGUCCUCAACAUCAACCUGAACGGGCCCUUCCUCACGUCCAAGGCGGCCAUCGCCCAGUUCGAGAAGCAGGAGCCUGUCGGUGGGCUCAUCAUCAACAUCGGCUCCAAUGCCAGCUACCAUGGGUUCAAGGCUGGCGCCGCUUACACCGUCUCCAAGGCCGGCGUCAUGGCCCUGACCAAGAACACGGCCGGCUUCUAUGGGGACAAGGGCAUCUACUGCGUUGCCCUGCUCCUCGGGGGGAUGGCCAGCACGAACAUAACGGACGCGUUCGCCCAGGGCUUGCAUACGGAGAUGUUCCAAAAGAUCCAGGCGUCACAGUCGCAGUUUGCGCCCCAUAAGGAUCUUCCCGUGCAGAGCGUGGCCAAGUACUGCCUGUUCCUGACAGAUAAGGACAUCGCUCCGAGUGCCAACGGUUCCUGCAUUGUGUUCAACAACAACUGGCCUGAGGCGUAAGGGGGGGUUGUGCUGGAAUGCGGACAUGGUGUGGAUGAGGGAGCUUGGGCUUCGUGUUCCACUCAGGAGGAAUGUAGAAGUAAACAAAAACAGUACAGAUACCCAGCCAGCUACCUAUCUUGUUCUGGCCUCAGUCACAAAUGUCAAGCAAAAGCAGGUCUGGCACCAUUAUC